AUGGAUUCUGAUCUGGGAGACUUAGAAACCAAGUUGGAAAGCUUUGAGUUCCGGAUGGAGGAUUUCAAUCCCCAGGACGAAGAUUUCAACUUCGAUGUGGGAGAUUGGGACUUCUCGAUGGAGGCUAUGAACCCACAAUUACAACAUAAUGAUCCCUUCAUAGACGAUAUUGAUAAGUUGUUGGAUGAUUUUUACAAUCAUCCUGCUGGCGAACUGAACAAUCAAUCUCGUCACGAGGAAGUGAUUGAACAGAAGCCGGAAGGAGACGCUAACGAGCCAUCGAGCCCAGGUUCCCAGGCCUUCAUAGACCGCUACAAAUGGACGCAGAACAACCUACCGGUUGGAGUAUCGUUCAACUCGGACCUUCCGGCUGCUACCCCUGGAUUUAUGCACGGCUGGAACUAUAUGCCUGAGGAGCAAGUUGAGGACACCAAGAAGCCAAAAGACGGAGAUCAAGUUAUUUUCAUGAGCUCUCGUGGGACGGCAUAUCGUGCUGAAAUGGUUACGAGUACCAACUCCGCCGACAAGAAGCCCGAUGUCCGUCGUUCCUCCCGCCGUACUAUUGCCCCACGGAUCCCAUUCCCUAACCCGCGACCAGCCUGGACAAUGCUCGCCACGGACUUCAUAAACUUACUUCAAAAGAACGCCUUGGAGCCACACCCCGGUAGAAACGUGUAUGGACUGCAGAAAGGGGCAGGUGAUACCCCUGAAGGAAAUGGCUAUCUGCUGGAGCUCGCCUUCGGACUACCGUGGCUGCGGACGACUCCUUCCCCGGGUUACAUUUUCUGGCAUUUACAAUCUCCAAGCCUUUACGGGCAUUUUAUGUCAAGACUGUAG